CCGGGGCCGGGGCCGCUCCGCCGCCGGGACCUGCCGCUCUGCCCAGGGGCUGGGGCACAGCGCGGGUGCCAGGCUCGGGCUGCGAGCUCACCUGAGACUGGAGAAAGGCCUACGCGGGAUGAAGAGUGGAUCUGGAAGGCUUUCCCCACUCAGCCCAAAUGACCAAUGCACAGCUUGACUGCGUUGGUCAUUUGGCAUACCCCAGCUGUAAGCCUCAUGCCUGCGGUGUUCUCCAUGGAAGUGAGCCGUAGUGACUGUGUGUAGAGAGCUGCCUUUCACCUACCUUCACAGGCACCUGCAGGAGAAACACCUGGGCAUCACGGUUCAGCCAUCUUCCCCUUGAGUGUUUGUUUUGUUCCCUGGUUUGUUUUUUUUUUCUCUCUCCAGAAUGUAAUAGGGGAACUGAAGUGAUGGGGCUUUUUGCUGUAUCAGGAGGGUCAGUUUGGAAGGCUUUUUUAAACAUGAGGGGCAGAAGGCAUUUGAACAGGCACUGCAGGAGGUGGAAGGCUCGAGCGCUGAGUUUCAGCUCACCCUGCCUCACUUCAGGAGCUGAGCAGGGGAGCACGGGUUUGCCAUGGGCUGAGCACCCUUGCGUCUGUGCUUGCAUCCUGUGCUCUGCUCUCUACACUGCAGAAACCCCGUGGUCCUGGGGGGCAGGGGGAGGACACCCCUCUGCUCUCUCAAGUGCCCUUCCCUCCGAUGGUGCAGCAUGCACCCGGAGCUGGCUCCUGACCCCGCAGCUACUCGCAGGAGAACGUGGAGCGCCCUUUCCUUUCAGAACGACUCCUUUAAUGCCGGUGUCGGCCGUGGGCUUUUGCAAGGCUGCCGUGCCGCGCUCCCGCCCCGGCUGUGCCCGCCGUCCCUGCGCUCACGGCUCUGCCGCUGCCUCCCUGCGCCGGCUGCGCCUCCGUGCGGGGCCCCGGCGGGGCUGAGCCGGCUGCAGCCCGGGAGGGCCGGGGAAAUGCGGCCGUGCGGCAGGAGGUGGCGAGCAAGGUGCUAGUGAGCACCGUCAGCUGGGCCCUGAGUGUCCUGGCGACAGUGAGGUGGUCUUUCAGGCUCACAAUCGCUCUGAAAACACCGUCACGUGUGCAGAAAUGUUUUGGUUUUUUUUUUUUUAGAAAAGCUUUGCUUUUGCUCUUUCAGCAUUGGUUUAUGUCAAGUUGAAGGGCAACUAAGAAUGCUGAACUGCUUUUAUAGGAGUUUCAAAAUAAGGCCAGAGCAGAGGAGGCAACCUUGGAAGUGUUCCUUUCUGGUGGAAAUACUCCUUGACCGGUCACGCCAGGACUGUUCUGCCAGGGACAGAUGGUGUUAGUUCCUUGGGCUCCUAGUGUUGGUUAUUGUGUAGAGACUCACAGAACAGAUCUAAGUAUUUUUGAUACUGAGGAUACCUAAGAGACUUUCAACAGCAUAUUAAGGGGUUCUUCCGCUUGAUUGGCUUUGUAAAUUGCUAAAGCUUUCCUUUAUUGGAAAAGCUUUCCUUUAGUGUUAAAUGUGCAUGUUCACUGGGAUAAAGUAAAAUGCUGUUCAAGUUGAUGUGUUUAAACAGAAUUCUCUGUAUUUUACGUAGAAUUCUCUAGAUCUUUAGGCUCUGAGUCUUGAAAUGGAAUUCCCUGUCCCUUCCUUUGAUCCCUGAUCCAGAUGGAAGUUGAUGGUAUCAUUCUCUCCUUUAACCCCUCUUUUAAAUGCAAAAUGAUGUUAUCAAGUGGGUUAAGCAGAUGUUGCUCAAUGUUUAUGGAAAGCUUUUGUAUUUUAUGACUUGCCUGGCAAUUGUCUGAGAAGAUGACAUCUUCUUGGACACUCAACCUUAAGUUCUGCACGUCCCAAACUGAACUUUGCUUGGGACUGAGUAGGGGACAUCUCCCCAAAUGACCAGCAGGGACCACUAGAGACCCCGAGGAGGCCUACGCAAGUGCAGCGACACUGCAUAGGGUUGCACAAGUUAAGCAAUUAUGCAAUAGGCAGGGGUAACUGUGUAUUAGAUAGGCAGGUUUAUGUAGAUUUCAGUGUGUGAAUUCUCUCACAUUUUAAUCCUUGAUUGGCUUGAUCUGUGGAAAAUCUCUGCUUUGCAUCUCGGGCAGAAUAAACAAUGUCUCCUUUCUAAACCCUUUGUCCAUCUUUAGAGAGUUCUGAAAGUUGGCAAUAGAAGCAGUAAAUGAUUUACAGUUUAGAAGCCUUUGCAGAAGAAUUAAUUUAUUGGAGGUGCUGCCCAAGCAUUCAGAGAGGAGAAGAAAUUAAGCAGAUCCCAGCAGGAAGGAGCAGAUGCGGCCAAGGCAAAGACAGAAUCUGCUGCAGCCAUGCCAUCUGGUCCUGUUGCAGAGACGUUCCGAGUUAUUCAAGGGGCAGUGACUGAGGAGUACGUGAGAAGUACUCAGGGUGUCUUUCAGUUUGAGCUCUCUGGCGAUGGUGGAGGCACUUGGUAUAUUGACCUGAAGACCAAGGGUGGGAGCGCUGGCUUCGGAAAGGCUCCCGUGACAGCUGACGUGGUCAUGAGCAUGUCGAGUGCCGACUUUGUGAAGAUGUCCGCAGAUUUGGAGGCCCAUAAAAAUGAAAUGACUAAAAAUCUUGUGACUGUUUUGCUACUGUGAGUAACUGGAGAGAAAGUUACAGGUUUUUUGGGUGAUGAUGAAUGGAGAGAACGGCUCCAGGACGUGCAUAAGAGGGACACGAUCUGCAGGUUGCUGACACUGGUGAGCAGGACUGAUGGCUCGUCGUACUGCAAAGAUGUUGAGGUAGAGGAAGCUUCAGUGAAGAACCAGCUGUCUGCCUGCAUGUUGGAAGGUUGUCUGCUGCUUCCCUCACAAUGUUACAGAGGAGGAAGAGGCACUGUAGGACACCACAAGGUUUGGCCGGACCCUGAGCUCUUCUAGGACUUUCUGGGACCUUACAGAUACUACUCCCUCCAUGUUCCAGGUGAGAAGUAAAUAUGAGCUUGGCAACACACGACCAUCAGUGCCAAGACCCUGUGAUCUGAACUGUGUCUUCAGCUGACUUCCUAGCGGCCAGGCGCUGUUGAUCCUGUACCAUGGAGGACUGCCUUCACACCUCCUCUGAAAACCUCUCCAAGCUGGUGAGCUGGGCCCACAGCCAUGGGACCAUCUGCAGCCUCAUCCCCAACCUCAAGCACCUGCUUUCCGAGGGGGCCAAUGGCAACCUGACAGCCAUGUGGGGCUGUAGUGCUGGCCAUGCCUACCACUGGCCCCUGGCUGCCACUUGCCGGGCCGGUUCCCAGGAGCGUGUCUGCUUCCAAGACAGCCGCAGCUUCAACUCAGACAGCCCCAGCAUGCUGGGGGUGCCAUCAGAGGCUCAGGCCAGCCCCCUGGAGCGCUACCCAGGCCGGCCGGGGAAAGCCAAGCUGGAUUGUACCCGCACUCGUGACUCCUGUGACUUCUCCUACUGCAGUGAGCCGUCAGACCUGGGCGAGCCUGUGGAGGAGGACGAGGAUGAGGCCACCCUCUUUGACAUGGUCUGUGAGUCCUCUGUCACCGAUGAGGACAGUGACUUUGAGCCACACCCACACCGUGCCCCCACCGGCCCCCGCAAGCGACCGGCAGCUGCGGCCCAGCCCCAGGCCCAGGCCGCCGAUGAGGGCAGCGGUGACGUGCUCCUCAAGAAGAUCAAGCAGGAGCUCCCUGAGGACUACUAUAUAGUGGCCAACGCGGAGCUGACGGCCGGUGCCGAUGGGCCGGCCCUGGCCCUGAUGCAGAUGUCCAAGCCCAAGCUGCAGCCCCCGGCAGGGCCCUCCUGCGUGGCACCCACCAGAACCGUGCCCCAGCCAGCCACAGGCCCCGAGCCCGACCCGCCGCGCCCUUGCGCCUCCCCUCCUGGCCCGCCCCGCAUGGCCGCGCAGAGGCCACCCCGGGGACCUCUCGCCUCCCCGGCAUGGGGGGCGAGCAGCGGCCCUGUGGCUGCCUUGCAGGUGCCAGCCAGCAGCUCUAAUGCCAUCACCACCGCUGGGAAACCCAUCAGCAUCCCCCUCUCAGCCCUACAGCUGCCUGGUCAGGAGGAGCCACCGGCAGCUGCUGAGGAGACCCUGCCGUCCACCCCACAGCUGGCCCCGGGUGGUGAGCUGGCCGGCUCGCCCUCGGUGGGUGCCGACCCUGAGGUCAGCUCCAGCCAGCAGCAGCCCCAGGCAGCUCCAACCAUCACCCCCGAGGCAGCAGUGCAGCUGAUGCCAGACCAGGAUGAGAGAGCAGCAGAGCUCAGCAGGGAGCAGAAUGAGAAGACCAUUCGAAGCACACAGACUGCUCUCCGCAAUUUCCGAGAAUUCCUCAUUUCCAAGUACCCCUCUGAGACCCGUGAGAUCUAUGUCAUCCCCUGCAAAGAGCUUGAUGCCUAUCUUGCAUCCUUCUUUGUGGAUGCCAGACAAAAGGAUGGGUCUGAAUAUGAGCCAAACAGUCUGGCCAACUAUCAGUGUGGACUGGAGCGGUAUCUCAAAGAGCACAGGUAUGGAUACAGUAUUACAAGGGAUAAGGAGUUCAAGAGGUCCCAGGAAGCUCUAAAGCAAAAGCAGAUAGAGCUGAGGUGUAAAGGCAAAGGAAACAAGCCACACAAAUCCAUGAAGCUUACCUUUGCUGAUGAGCUUAUCCUGCGCAAAAGAGGCUUAUUGAGCAGGUACAAUCCUGAAGGGCUUCUGAACCUAGUGUGGCUGAACAACACUAAGGCAUUUGGACACUGCACAGGUUUCCACGGGUCCACCCUCAAGUGGGGAGACAUCCGGUUGCGAGUGACAGAGACUGGGUUGGAGUACCUGGAGUGGAUGGGGCCAGACAACGGGGAUGCGAGUGCCAAGAGCAAGAGAGGCGGGACGGACUCGCGAGUGUACGCCACCCAGCACUCCCCGCAGACCUGCCCCGUGCAGGACUACAAGGAGUACGCCCAGCGCCGCCCUCCGGCCAUGCGCUACGAGGAUGCGCCUUUUUACCUGUCCAUCAAACCCGUUGUCAACUUGGCUGCACUUCACUGGUACAACUGCCAAGCCCUGGGGAAAAACAAGCUUGCCAAGAUGGUGAAGACAAUGUGUGAGAAAGGGAACAUCCCUGGCCGCAAGACCAACUUCAGUGUCUACCAGAGCUGCAGCACCCUCUCAGAAGCUCAGAGCAACCAGCUGGUGCUGAUCUGCAAUAACUUGAGCCAGCAAGCUGCCCAGUCCAUGGCAAGUCACUCUAAUACUGGCAACUUCAUAGUGUCAGCAUCCUAUGACUCGUCAUCUGACACUGCUUGAAAGAACACCAAACACUUUUCUCUUUACCUUUUUGUUUCAGGCAUUGAAUUUGUGCUCAAUAAUACACAUCAGCUGUGAUUGUACACUAUUCCCCCUCUCAGCCCUCUCUCCAGUGUUAAUUAACUUUAUAAGAAUAUAUAAACAUAUAAUAUAUUUUUCUUUCUACAAAUAAGUCAACAGAAAUAGUUUAGUAUUACUAACAGUAUUUAUAGUGCUAAUGCAAAAAUGAAAGGUACUUAUGGGUUAUAAUACAAAUGCAGAUUUUAAAAGGAUAGAAAUGGUUCUCAGGCAACACAAGAUAGACUGAAAAUACCAUUUUUAACAUGCACACAUUAAUGAGUGUAAAUCCCCAGGGAGGCUUACAUAGUGAUUCUGUUCUAAAGCAUUUUUUCAACUUAGUAUUGUAACAUGACCUCCCACAGUGGAGGAGACAAACUUAACAUUGGCUGCUGCUUCUUACCUGCUAGUUUAUUCUUGAUCAGCAAGACCAAGAAAUAAGAAAUGCAUCAAUGUAAGUUCACAAAACCAUUUACAGCAUUUUUGUCUGUUUUUAUUAUGUUUCCUGAGGCUCAUUUACACUACAAAAAUCCUGAAGUCAGCUAAAUGCCAUUUUAAACUUUUGGGUAUGUCGAUUUUCUAGGAUCAAAAUGUUGCUGGUGUUUAGGCUAAAAAGUACUCUUUUCAACAAUAUGCAAAAGUAUAAUGGGAAAACCAUUGUCACACAUAAUUUCACCUCUUUAACUAUAGGUUGUUAGUAUUUUAUCAAUGUGUGUAUGUAAUGUAAAAUCUGUUGACAUAGAGCACUCUUUCAGUAUUCUGGGAAAACAAACAGUACAGAAAAAUCUGCAGUCUUAUCCCAGCUGUACAGAAAAAUGACAUCAACUAUGUCUUAAGCCAUCAUUUGAAAUCCACAAAACAAUAGAGAGUGUAAUGAUAUUUCUACAGAAAUUUUUAAAGAAAUUCUACAGAGAGGUAAAAAGCUGGAUAGUUUUAAGUGCUGGAAUACCAGUUUAACUUAGCUAUACAUCAUCUGUUUCCAUUGCAGACAAUGGAAAAUGCGUGAAUCUGAAGGUAGAAUUUGGACCUUAAAGCCUUGAAAUAACAACUUCUACUGUUCUCCUUUUUAAUGUAGUUGUUCUACUACAAGUAUGGGAAAAACACUAUCAAAUUCACUAUUUCAGUGAACAAUUAUAAUUCUUGACACUUAAAAUUAGGAACAAUACUUUUCAAGUAAAUAAACUUAGUGUAAGUUCCUCAAGGACAUGCUAGGGCUGUGGUGAGGCUUUAGAAAAGUCUGCUGGGGUAAUUGAGUUCCUGCUGAAGUCAAUGAAAGACAACCUUGGCUGACUUCUGCUGGGUAUUAUUCUGGCUGGACCAAACAGCCUUUGGAGAGGCUUUCUUGUUUAGCAAUUUUUAAUAGUUUAGUUUCUUUAUGCUCGUUUGUCUGUAUUUGUUCACAUUCCUGUAUAUCCUUCAAAUUCUUUAGAUCUGCAACUGUGCAAUGACUUUAAUCAUCACUAAUUCCAAAGAAGAGGUAAAAGAAAGGUAGCAAAUAGAAAUAGAAGUAACUCACCUAGCACCUAUAAACUUUUUUUCUGUGUUCCUAGGAUGACAUGUUCCUGUGUGAGAAGGAGGUGGCAGAGUGUCUGCACCUCACUUAAGCCUUACUGAAGGUAUGUUUUGGGGAUGAAAUAGGUAGCAGAUGUGGCACUGAAAAGCCUAAGGGCAGAGAUUUCUACUAUAAUAAAUACCUGUCCUCCCAGGAAGCUUUAUGCAGGGGACACAACCUGGCUGUGAUCUCUUUUUUUUUCCACAUGUAGCAAGCCUGGUAAAAGGUCUGGUUUCCUGUGUCUGACACUCCAUGGUAGUGUAGCCACCAGUUCUACAGUCUUCCAUUUACCAUCCGCUGUCUCUCAGGGUAGGCAGUGGAUUGGUGGGUACAAGCAGUUGUUCAUAUUAUAGAGACCUCCUUUUGUAACUUGGCUUUGGGACAUGAGGCCAAAGUAUAACUCUGCUGAAGUGAUUGCAAGCUGUGUCUGUGACAUUCAGUGCCAUGGCAUAUCUGACUUGUUGGUGGAGGAGACAGAAGCACAGAGAGAUUUCAGGUGAAGGCAGAAAGACAGCUGCCCAAUUUCUAGAUGAGGCCAGAUAUCUGAUUGCUGUUUGUACUGCCUUGCCUUUUCACAGCAGUGCUUUUAGUAUGAUACAGUGAAAAGCAGUUUUGCAAGACCACUCUUGCUCUGGGAUUACUUUUAGUAAAUCCAUGCUGACUAUCCUGAAGAAGUUAAUGGACAGAAUAGUAAUAUGAACAGAAUAUGAUACCCAUGUAAUAUAGUACAAAAAUAAACUUACUAGUUUUGAAGGGCAUUUAAUAUAACCUAUUAUUUAGUCUUAUUUGUGCACAGUUAAAGGAAUUGAGUGACAACAGUUAGUCUAAUUGCCAUUUGUAUUAAGACUGUGAAAGGUUAUUAACUGUCUGGGAGAGGGACUUUGGGUUUAAGUUACUCUCAUGAUUUUGUCUAAUACUGGUAGGAGAGUACAUGUAGAUCUUGUUAUUUUAGGUGAGAGAGGACAACUCAGUGAUUUGCAAUUUUGACUGAGGGUUUCAUGCCUGCUUUGGCAGCAAGUUGCAAGCUCAUAGCAAUGGUGUGCACCCUCCCUGGUGCUAAGAUACAGCAGUGUAGCCACGGACUAAUGCUGCCGAGUCUUAACAUCCUGUCCCUCUGGCUGAACGAAGAACUGUGGUCUCCAGCCUUGGCUUUUGUUACUGAGCACCUCUUACCAUGAACUCAAGGGCAGCUGGCAAAACACUGUCCUGCUCCUGUCCAGCACAGUCUGUAUGAUGGUGAUUGGGUGCAGUGGUUACAGUGAGGUACUGCAGGUGGGUGGCUGCACUCCUGACUACAUCAUACUCCGAUGUAAAAGCUGAGCUUCUGUGGAAGCAGUGAGGCUGUGAUUUCCUUAAGAUGAGGUUAGCUGGCUCCAAAAUGGGGCUUGCUUUUCUCCAUUCUUUUUCCUCCUUUUCCUUCAUUUUUUUAAGGACUCACCUUUCUUCAACUUGAUGUUAGACCUUGUCAGUGAGUGAUUUCAACUCAGCUCCCCAGCAGAAAAGACAGCAAAAAAAGGUACAUUCUGCCAAUGUACUGAGCUGAAUCUCCUAUAAAAACUGAGGUGCAGACCCCAUCAGGGAGACAGAGGAUGGUGUUCGUCUACCAGCAUCACAGAGUCAUUAGCCUGGCUGAGCUACUGCAUCCCAUUAGAAACAUAUCAAAAGGAUAAUGCAGAUUCAGACCCUGCUGAAUCAUUUGUAGAUGUAUUAGAUGCCUUCAGAAUUAUCUACUGGCUUUUGGGAGAUUUGCUCAGUGCUACCAAGAGCAAAAUUUGGCCUUGAACUUAAGAGGCUGAGUGCCAAAGCACAGGCCUACACAGUGCAAAGGGGUCUGCACUAAUGUUAGUGCUGACUUUCCCACAUGGCCUUCUCAGGACACCACAAUAAGAGUCAAACAUGGGGAUUAUAUGUGGAUGUCACUGGACUAAUCUGGAUGCAGUAGUGCACAAUACAUGCAUUUGGAUCUGUCCGCAUGAUUGCACAUGUAGAUGGGCAGAGCUGUGGACACUUUGGACGGUGUAAGCUCUGGUUUUUUAGUCAUCCAUGCAUGUAUUUAUGGUGGUGUGGUUUUGCACAAUGUUGCAUCUUUGUGCAGUUAGUUGAAACUGAAGUCUGUGCUGCCUGGGUGUCACAAACUGCCUGUUUUAUUUUCAAAAAUGUAUUUAUGCAACAAAAUGUAUUUUUAAGUGCAGGAGAAUGAAAUACUGUCAUGAACUACAUUGUAAACUAAAUUCCAAGGGAUAUCUAAAAUAACAGCAUAUACCUUGUUCACUUGCAUAAUGCAAUAAUUCUAUAAUAGCAGCAUCAGGGCUACUGACAUAGAGGAUAAUCUAACAAUGGAAUCUGUGUCCCUGUUGCACGUUCUCCUUUAUGAAGAGUAUCAACACUUUCAAGCUCUUUUUAGAAGUGACUAUGUCUGAUACUCAGUCUCUACAAUAUUGUUACCCUCUUUGAAAGCUGUGUAGAGAGUGACACACAAGCAAUGUUGUACUGUUAAGUGUCCAUGUCUUAGAUGUUUGUGACCAAAUCUUGUUCUGCUGUUUGUGCAAGUGAUGUGGGGUGGUAAGAUGGGGAUCAGAAGGAGCAGGUGCUGUGUCACUCUAGAGCCCAGGCUGCCCUAAGGACCAAGACAGCCUUAAGGAAAAUGAGAUUCCUGUUGCACUAGGUUUCUUCCUGUUCAGCUCAUAUUUUACCGUUUCUUGUCAUCAUGUCUGUGUACCUCCCAUAAGUGAAUUGACUGACCUGACUAGCACGUGUGGUGCAUGGGCUGAUCAUUCCAUCUUGCAGUUAGCUGGAAAUGAUUGUGAUUGACUGGUCUUCCCCAACCCCAACAGCUCCACUCCUCUCACCUUUCUGAUCCUCAAAUAUUCCUCCUUCCUGGUGUCUGCACUGUGGGGCAGGGGGACCGCUGUGUACAGGGCUGCUCUUGGCUGGGAGCUCUGCCCAUCAAGUGACCUUGUGCUUUGGGGAUAACGUGCUCAGGGCAGCCCACCUCGCAUGGGAUAUGUGGAGUUGUGGGAUACUGUGUGGGAGCACUCUGGAGGCUCGCAUCUCGCAUGUGAGGGAAGCACUCUCCUUCCCUCUUCUGCUUUUUGUGAGAGGCUUUCAAGUCAUGAAAUGACUUGACAUGACUCCUCCUAUGUGGAGGACCAGGCUCAUGUCUGUGUGUUGUGUAGCCCUCCGCUGACAUAAUGGACUGGCAAAUAGCACUGAGAUGACUGGUCCUCAACAGUAUGCAACUUUUGGGCUCCCUCUGUCAUGGAGAGGAAUUCAGCUCAUGGUGCAAACAACAGGACAUUGGGACACAUCCGGCUCCCCAAAUUUCCAGAGGCAGCAUGAACGUGUGUUAAAAAAGAGAAUCUGCAGGAUGCAGAUUUGUCAUUGUAUUUGCCUGAAAUGAACCAAUUCAUCCCUCUGGGUUAGUGCAGAGAAAGACUUCUCACUAUGAAACAUGGCAGGAAAUGGAUCUACUCUUUAAUGAGGGUUCUUUGCUAAAUGUCACCAUGGAGAGAUGGCUUCUUUGCUCUCCUUGUUUUUAAGAGGUAGGAUGUAUUUUCUCUUAUUUCUCUGCUUUCCUGCAUGUGCUGAAUGUGCACUCAGUGCUGAGGAACAGUGGAGAGAGGAGACCAUCCAUUGUAAAGUAUGGCUGUAUUCCUAGCCAGAAACUUGGUAAUGCACUUUCUGGUGAUGGACCCCAUGUGCUGAGCCAUGUCUUGGUGGUUGUGGACACCAUAAUAGCUGGUGUUUUCCAGCUGUGUGUUUGCUCUGUGCAGAGCCAACAUGAAGGUCGCAGCACGAUUCUCCGAAAACAGAGAGCCCAAGGGCAGCUUUUCAAGGACAUCCCUAUCAGCUGGGCAUCUGCAAGCAAAGGGAGAAGGCCUUAAGUACAAUUAAAUGAUGAUAUUUUCCAAAGAACAGCAUGCGAAAAACACAUGAGGCUGUGCUUGAUCUCUUCAAGGGUUUUGGAAGGCUAAGAGCCCCCAGGGACAUCAAUGCUCCACCUCUUUCACAGGAGCAUAACCACAGCCGGUGGAGGAAUGGCCCUUCCGAGGACACAUCCACGUUCUCUGAGCCCCGGUGAGUUGCAUGGUUGCACUGCUUCCAGCUGCACUCCUGCAAACCAGGUUCCAGCCUGUUCCUCCCCGCUGCACUGUGGCUGAUGCCUGCGAAGGUCUGCUGCCAUUGUUCUCCAGCACCUUGACUCUUCCUGGAAGCAGCAGAGAGGCAUUUACAGUGACAAAAUCCUGCAAAGCUGUGAAGCCCCACUGCCCAGAGACACCUCUGAGUUUGUGGAAAAGUUUGACGCUAUCCUCCCAAGUGGAACGUAUUUGAAGCAGUGGUGAUAUCUAAAGCUUUAAUUCCUAAACAGAUGUGGGAAAAUAUGAGUUUGCCACAAAAUUUUCUUGUUACAUGAACAGAUGGAUUUCUGUCUCAAGAAAUUAAUUUAUUUCUUCUGUAUUCUCACUCAAUUGGUUAAUGGUAGUGCAUCUGGUAAUGCAUACUAAAUUCAAUUUAUUUUAUUAUACAAAUGCCACUAUAUGAGUUGUUUGUGCAUUAAAGGAUGGACUUAACUGUUUCAAAGACACUAGGAUGGUUUUGUCUAAUCUUUUGUUCUUGUGCUCAAUAUUCAUUAGACAGCACUUAUCACUAUCUGAAAAGACAGUACCAUUUCAGAUUUCAAUCUGAUCUUUUGUAAUUAAAAGAGGUUUCUUUCACAGCAUUUAAGGCACUGGUAAGGUAGGUGCUAUCUUUGAAAUUCAGUGGGGUAGUUUCAGUUGGAAUGAGGUGUUAAGCUCUUUUAAACAAAGCUGUAGGAAUUGAUUAGUGAUUUCUUUUUGGUUACUACUGUUUGAUGCAGUCUCUUAGUGUCAAGAAAAUAACAGUCAAGUGAAAGAAAAAUCAUCAAGAAAAUGCAAAAUGUUUAGGACAAUAUAGAAGACUAAAUGCAAUUAAUUAAUUUAACAGAUACUAUCUUUGCCACUUCAGCUGGUUUUCUUUUUUUCUUUUUUUUUAUGAACAAAUAAAACUCUUUGACAUUCCUCAUGCCUAGAAUUUGAUCUGCUUUCUGAAAGUUGUAAUCUUACUGAGUUGUAAUCUGCCCUUGUUACCAUUAUAGCGUGUUCUCAGCUGGCCUAGAUCAUGUGUAGCUUUAUAGUCUGCUCCACAUUGCUCCUACUGGGAUCCCUCUGUCUCUUCUACUAUCACACAUUUAAUUCACUUCCUAUAUGUAAAUUUCCAUCCUGAAAAAAAAAGUGAUGCAGGAGACAUGGCCUGACUGUCUUCAGUGGUGGAUAUAGAAGUCAAGGAUCAAUAAUAAAUGGCUUCAAAUUGAUUUCUAGUAACUUUUGUGUAUGGAGACAAAUAUCCUAGUGUCUCUAAGGCUAAAGGUGCGCUGAACAAUGACUGGAGUGUUGGUCACUUUGUGGAGACCUUUGUUUUCUGCCUGGUGCCUAUGAUUCAGAUCUUGGAAGCUUGGCCUUCUUCAGGAGCUUUCUCUGUGAGCAGCUUGAAAGACUGAGUUCCUCUGCACAAGGCUGGGGACAUGGAUGUGAAAUGCAAGUGCAGAAGUAUCCGAGGCAUUCAGAGAUGUGCAGACAAAAUGUGAAAUGAAAUGUCUUAAUGAAAUCUGAAAGCUGUCAGGGGAGGAGAUGGUGCAAACCUGAUUUUGCACCUAUUUAUGGCAGUACCUGCAAUCUGGGUGGUGCUGCUGCCAGAGAGAAUUUGGUGCCAUUUCUGCAGAGUGCUGUGAGAAGUGUGUGCCCUUGCCUCUGCUUCCACCAAGCUCGGGCUGUUGCUGCACUUUCCCCCCAAGAACAUGACUAGCCGUACUGGAAAUGAGUCUGAGGGGUGCAGGAGGGGACAUCACUUGGCCAUAGAUGUGUGUCAGUGCUUGUUUUUGUCCAUGUGACACAUCCAUCUCAGGGUUCAUCUCAAGACCUGUCCAGGCAGAAAAACUACUCAACACUGGAAGAAAAGAAGUGACAGAAUAUCCAAGUGAAUGAAAAGCUGGGGAAAGGCAGUGGAAAAGCCUGGCAAACACAAUGGAAGUUUUUGUCCUUUUUUCUAAAGAAGGCAAGCGUAAUCCUUAUCCUUUAAUAUCCUUCUUUGUUUUACACCAGAAUUAGAAAAUCUUUUCCAUUUGUAUCAAUUAUCUGCAGGCUUUAACUCUGCUUUUGAAAAGCAUUUUUGCUAUGACAACCCUUAGUCUCAUGGUGAGCAGUGCUAGGAGAAACAGCUAACGCAAGGAUUUAGUCUUCCCCUGCAUGCAAUGUUUAAUCUUUCUAAUCUUUUAAUGUAAAUGUAUUUUUUGCCAUUUUGUAAAUUGACAAGAUUAGCACAGUUUCUUCCAAAACAGCAGUUGGCAAACAUAUUUUGCAUAAGUAUAACUAAAUUUUCAUCUAACUGAAUUCUCCAUAGUGACCAAUUCAUUGUUAAAGCACUGAAAGGUUAACACUUACUCACUGACUUUAACAACUCUUUUUAAGAACAGUUUGCAAAACUGUUUGUAGGUUUAAAAAAACUUUUGUUUAUUAAAAAUAUUACACUGUCUUGAAUAAUAAUAAUAAUAAUAACUCUAUGCAUUAUGUAAUUCAGUGAUAUUGCUCUUGAAAUUUUGCAUGUGUUCUAGAUGUUCUGACAUUUGUAUGUUUUUGUGGUACUUGUAAAAACCCUAACCAUUGCUGCUAUAAUCACCACCAUUUUAGGAAAGUGAAAAUUGUACUAUGAAGCUGUGCCAGGAUUUUUGUGUGUCAUACUAAAACUGCAUUCUGCUGAUCAUUUCUUAGUUUAUGCCAGUAUUUAGUGCCUUCUGUAGAAGGAAUCAAUAUGUUGUGGUAGAUGGGAUGUGCCAAAUUUCUAAUACCUUGCAUAGCUUAUCUAUCACUUACUACCUUGAAGCUUAAAAAAGAAGUAAAAGGGGAAAAAAAUUAACUCUCCAUCUUUCUUUCAAGUGUCUUCCAUUGAUUCUAAUUUGGAAAACCUUUAAUAGAGCUGAAAGAAAGCCAUGUUCUCCUGCCACACCUCCUGCAGCAGCAGUCUACCAACUGUGAGGGGUAUGAGGGAAUCUGUAACACCAUUGGUAAUGGAUCUAAUGAAUAGCAAGCCUGCUCAAGUAAUUUUGGAGCAUGCAAAAACACCAUUUAAUUAAAGCGGUCCUCUGAUUACCAUAAGAAACUCUUAGCUCUCAUAGCAGUUGUGAGCUGGCUCUUGUAAACAAGUGUCACCCUGGUCAAGUGGUGGAUUCCAGUCUCUGCUCUGCCUCUAUGGAAGCCACACAUUGCUGCCAAAUGAGACUUGGAUGAAAGUCAAGCCCAAGAUUUUUGGUCUUUUUCUUUCCAACUGCCCGCAUGGCAGACAUGCCCUGUAUAUCAAAAUUCUGACAUUGCAUUUUCAGUUCCUCUUCUACCCUCUGUGUAAAAUCUGGCAGUGUUGUAAAUGCGCACAAGCACAUGCAUUCGUUUUGAUCUUUGUAAGAUUCUGACAGGCUGAAAUUGUAUCAUACUGUACUCAUACAACAAACAGGCAAGAGGGAAAUGUGAGAUACCUCUGGUGGAUUUCCCAGCCACCAGGCAUGGUUCACUAUACCUAGGCUGGUCUUUAAUAUAAUAUUUCCAUCUCUGUUGAGACAUGAAGGCUGUCUUGAAAAGACUUUUCAAAUCAAAAUAACAAGUCAUGAGAAAACCUGCAUGACUGGGCAAAAUAAGAAUACAUUGAGUUCAUCCUUAGAAGUAUUGGUCUGAAGUAUCUGUCUCCAAGCAGGAAAACUGACAGCCCUUGUGAUGUAAAACACUUCCAAAAGUUAACAUUUAUGCCAAAUUUUUCAAUGUAGUUGUUUCUUUUGGUGAUACCCUGGACAUUUACAAAAGGCAAUAUUAAGGGAAGCAUACACAAUAUACUGAAAAUUAUCCAGUAUAGUAGGUUGCAAACUGGUUCACCAAAACCUUGAAUGAAUUCAAAACUCCAGCUGAAGAUUAAAACCUUUCACAAAUGAUAGAAUAUUGAAAAGCCUUUUGCAGCACCUCAGUUUCUAUCAGUUGGAGAAAAUAGGGCUCUCUUCAGAAAUUAUAGGUCCUGUAUUGUCCUUUAAAAACUGGAAGCUUCUUCAGACUUGCUUUACCAGAUGAGGAGCCAGCUGGGACUAGUUGCAGUGUGGUUCUCCAUUGUUUUGGUUGUCUAGUAGCCAUUUACACAUGAACAUGUGCUUCCACUAGUAAGAGUGAAGAGUUUUCACUCCACAGAACUCCUGCCUGCAUGGCCCUAAUAUUGAAUAUUCAAGGCAUGGUCUUUCAUCCUAUGUUUCUUCAAUGUAUGAGUAGAUCAGAGUCUCAGUGGUCUCACCAUUGCACUAAUUGUCUUACCAACUUGUCUUUCUAACUUCUAUGUGUUGGCCUAAUUUGCCAAAAAAACAGAUUUCAACACAGCAGCUGUUUUUUUCCCAUCUUCUUAUUUUCCAUAGUGAAGCUAGGAAUAUCUGCAUUAUCUCCAGCUUAGAUUUGAGUCAAAAAAGCCAUCAACAUACUUUAUUUCCAGGUUGCACACUGGAAAUGCAGUAAGAGUUCUAUAGGUGCAGACCUGAUCUAGCCUGCUGCCUAUGGCAUGUGAGUCUCUAGUUGAAUUUACUUGCUUUUCACCACAAUUAAUCAGUUUCAAGAUGCAGAUUAGAUUAUAUUAAUGGUGUGCUCAUUUAGAUACCACCUUCCAAUCACAGUGAUUCCUUCUGUGUACAUACUGUCAGUCCUGUAAUUGCAUUUUGUCUGAUGUGCAUUAUAUUGCAGGACCAGCUUUCCUUUUUCCUUUUAAAUAUAGCUUAGCCUAUGCUGCUGAAAGGAUCCAGGAAAGAAUUAUCUAUCCAAACCCCAGUGAAAUUUGGGACCUAGCUUUUUUUAGACCCCCUUGCAAGCCCCAGCUGUAAUCAGCUAUUUAAGGCAGAGAUUUUAGCAUGAGGAGUGCUGUGUAUCAUCAUCAUCAACUCUGAAUGCAGUUGCCUGUACACAGGGCACCUUCUUACACAGAUCCCUUGUUCUGGGAUUUGUGAGAUUAAAUGAACAGAAAUUUACUAGGGAGAAGUAAUAUUUUGAUGCAUUUAAUGCAUUAAGCUCUGCAAAUCUAGAAAUCUGGGGGGAAGGGGGAGAUUACUGGAUCAUUUUCUGAAAAUAUGAGUAACAUUGUCAAGUUUUUCAAUUAGUCCAUUUUCAAUUAACUGUUUGGCCCCGUUGUCCUCAAAUUACCCUAUUUCUGUGCUUGCACAGCAUCAGGAAAAAAACAAGCAAAAAGGUUUUGUGGCUGUAAACGAAGAAGGAUUUCAUAACCCACUUUGAACCUCAGGUCCCCAGUGGUGUUUCCAUGGCUGGUAAUUCUUUUACUCAUCAACUGGAUAAGUUUUGACCCAUGUGAAUGUCAUAUUGCCAUGCCUGCAGCACAUUUUUAAGUAGCAAACUUCAUACAUGGUAAGCUCCUUCACUGGUGAAGAUCGAUAUGGUCAACAAUGUUGUCUGUCACUUGUGUCAGUUAAAUUUUUUGUUGUUGUUGUUGUUGUGAUGUAUUUUUCUUCUUCAAGACACUCCACUGUUUGUUAAUGGGGAUAGAGUGAACAAAUGUGUAUUGUACUGUUGUCUGCCACAAUGUCUUGAAAAAUAUUCUUUAAGUAUUUGAGUACAGAAGUGCCCUCAAUAAGAAGAAAAUAAAGACCAAGAGGGUUUUUUUUAAGGUAGUAUUUAUGAGUUUUCUCUCCUGCUUAGUUCUCAGAUAGUUAGGCUUCUGAAAAUAAUGAAUUCUGUUUGUGCUAAUUGGAGUAUGACAUUCACUGUUACUGGUCUGUAAAUUCCAGAGAUAUUCAGAUCUUUAUUGCACUUCACCUCCAUUUUUGUUCUCUCACGAUAAUCUUUAAGAAGUCUGAUUCUGCUGCAUUAGAGAUUGGUUUCAGUGUCUGUACAAUGUUUGCUACUAUUGUAGUGUGACUUUGUAUUUUUGAUUUUUAAAAUUUGUAUUGGUACAGCCUUAACUUACAGAAAUAAAGACCAUUUAAAAUAAAUCAAAAUAGUCAUUGAUGUCUGUGGUAAGUGCAUGCUUUAUUCACAGUAUUUUGUCUGUAAUUAGGUGUAGCAACCAAGUCUUAUGUAUUUAAUAAAUUGUUUUCUGCAAAGUU